GAUUCCCAGAAGAUAAGCUUUUGAAAUUGGCGAGAACUUGUCAAAACCAAAGAGUGCAGACUCAGUUCAGGCCAAAUAUCCUAAGGCCGAAUUUGCAACAUCUAGCAUGAAAAGAUUGGUACACAGAACUGUCUACUAUGCAGCCGUAUCUUAAGCAACCUACGUGCACAGAAGAAGGAUGUUUUCCACAGGCAGAAGCUUCACUUCAAAUUGGGCGGAUAUUUUGUGUGAAAGCCUGGCCACAAAGAUCCCUGGCACCACAGCUAUUCGCCCUCGAAGCCACGACCCAUCAGCUAGCUGUACAAAUGGAGAUUUCUAGAAGAUAAGCUUUUGAAAUUGGCGAGAACUUGCCCAAAGCAGAAGGUGCAGACUCAGUUGAGGACAUGCAGACAGCUGUUGCAGUGGAUGAUUGACUCAUUGAUUCAUCAGUUCUGCGCUGGCCGAAGGCUGACAUUCCAACACCUACUAUGAAAAGAUUGGUGCAAAGCAGCUGUCUACUGUGCAGCUGCAGCUUAAGCAACCUUUGGGCACAGAAAGAUGUUUCCCACAGGCGGACGCUUGACUGUCAGCCAGCUGUAUAAAUCGAGAUUCCCAGAAGAUAAGCUUUUGAAAUUGGCGAGAACUUGUCAAAACCAAAGAGUGCAGACUCAGUUCAGGCCAAAUGUCUUGCGGGAAAUGCCAGGAGAGCCAUUCAGCAACUGUUUGCCGCAGUAUUUUGUACAGAAUUUGGACAACGAUGUGCAUGUCUGCAUGUCUUAAUGCUUAAUUAUAGCUUGAACGUUUUCAGGGUGCCUGUAGAGAGGAACAUUUGAUGCCAAAAGCACGUUGCCAGGGUUUGGCGCAGGCCUAACAGGUUCCAAGACGUGAUGGUCUAAGGCCUCACACGGUGUGACAGCCGUGACAGCUUAAACACCAACCAUGGGUGAGGCAGGUUGGGCGUCGGCUUUGGUCCCCACCGUCACCCACCAAAGGCUCAAACCUUUCACCCUGUGUGUACAAUGAGGGCCGCCAAGCCUUCCACUGUAGAGACCUGUGAUUGCUCUGUUCUUACCAUCCCGCAGACCUGAAGGGGCCACAAUUGAGACGCUGCGGCAGCAUUGAGAGAUAGUGACAGAUGGAAGGAGCAGAGCCAGCUCACCAGAGGUCCCUGUUUCCCGAGUCUGACACGUUCUUUGCUGUUUGAGGCCCAUCCUGAAGAACCGAUGCAUGGCAUACAGUUUUGGCAUGUCAUCUCAACCAGCUCCCUGGCUUGCACCGUUGUGGUUGCAAGAUCUCUGACCAGUUAGUUGGAUCGCCUUCCACUCGAAUCGUGAUAUGAUCUCCAGCUAUUCUCAUGGCAUGAGACAGAUGAACAAGUUUACGCCAACCUGGAUGGAGCCUAAAGUGAUCCGCAGUAUCUCGGAUGCUGCUUUAAGCAUGGCAAGCUCUGCGUUGUCCAGCAUCGGCGGGAGUUGCCACACCAAAGGAAAGCAUGCUCAAGUUGACCCAUAUUUUGAUAUCCCGAUACGAUUGCUGCCUCGUUUCAUCACGGUAAGGAAGGAAAUCCGCGCAGUUUCUGACGAAAACUCCGCUCUCCAGAGAGCUAAGCCAGCUAAGCCAGCAAAGCCAGCUAAGCCCAAGUCUUGUUUCUACCACUUGGAGAGGAAGGACUGAAGCUCGGCGAAUGGGAUAUCUUUCCUCGGCUCUCCCAUUUAUCCUCAGCCAAAGGCGAGAGGAAGUGUAAAAAGAAGACAAGAUCUUUGCCAUGCAGCAGGAAGUCCGUGUGUGCGCAAGCCAUCCAUUGCAAAGCGGGCCUUUCUGCUCCUGAGAUUGAAGAGUUCAACACGUAGCACGAGUAGCAAUGCCGACAGUAUGAUGAGGCUCUUCAGAAUUCGCAGCAGCUGAUGCUUCAUGCUCGCUGAGUCGUGCGGGACAGACAGCUUGCGAUUGUUGCUGUCAAUCUUCAGAAGGAAAGGAUCAUGCCGUUGCAAGCCUUCAUUGAGUCCGCCAGGAUCGACUGCUACAACAACUUGGUGCUCUUAAAGAACCUAUGGGACCUGAUUUGAGCAGGACCUGAUUGUCAUGGUGCGGGAAACCUUCUCUGCACAAUGUGCUGUGGGAAAAGAUUGGUGGCCACGGUUCGUGAAUUGAGCAACCAGGUAGUUCGUGCCCAGAAAGACCAGCAGAAAAGGAGCGCCUAAGGAGCGCUGAAAA